GGGAGCGCAGGGAGGCGGGGCGGACCGGGGCCCGCUGACGCCACAACCAAAUAACGGGACGGUAGGGCGGGCGUUUUCUUUUUGGUCCGGCGUCGGACUUUUCACGGUUGAGUCGAGUGGUAAAAAAGGCGCAGUUGCGUGCUGAGCAAAAAUAACAGCAACAAACCUUAUUCGGGAAUGAAAUGAAAGACUAAUAACGACGAGCUAGCCAGACAAGGGAGAGCAAGUGGACGACGAGGCCACUCCAUUGGGGGAUUUAAAAGUGAAGCCACACAGGAGGUUCUUUGUCCAAAAAGGCGGACAUGGCGGAUGCAGAGCUGGACUUCCAGACGGGCGACGCGGGCGCGUCAGCCACCUACCCCAUGCAGUGCUCGGCCCUGCGUAAGAACGGCCACGUUGUGCUUAAAGGCCGCCCCUGCAAGAUUAUGGAGAUGUCCACCUCCAAGACGGGCAAGCACGGUCACGCCAAGGUCCACCUGGUUGGCAUUGACAUCUUCUCCGGGAAGAAAUACGAAGAUAUCUGCCCUUCCACUCACAACAUGGACGUCCCAAACAUCAAGAGGGUGGACUACCAACUGAUCGGGAUCCAAGAUGGCUACCUGUCCCUGCUCCAGGACAGCGGGGAGGUGAGAGAGGACCUGAAGAUCCCGGAGGGCGAACUAGGCAAAGAGAUUGAGAGCAAAAAUGAAGCCGGGGAAGAGAUCCUGGUGACCGUUCUCAACGCAAUGGAUGAAGAAGCAGCCAUCGGCAUCAAAGCUUUGGGGAAAUAAGCGGCAGCAAGGGGCUGCCGGACGUUGGGGGGUUGGGGGGGGUGUUGAGGAGGAAAUGUUGCUAUCCUCCUUUCAUUCUUUUUCAUUGCUCUCCCUCUGUUCUGUACUAAAGAGCACGGGUUUCUAAUGUUUAUUAUUGUAUAUUAUGAGCAUCUUCGGUGAAGCGUCCCCAAUCCAGUAAAACACAAAGAGUUUGGGGAAGGCGAGAGUUCAAAGUGGCGUGAAUGCUACUCUAUUUUUAUUUGACUGUAUUUUUUACUUGUUCCCCUGUUUUGUCAAAGGGCUUCAUUGCAAAAAUAAUGGCGGCUUUCAGUACAUUGGGGUUUCCUCAUAUUAAGCGCGGCCAUAUUCAUUUCCCGCCCGUGUUUAUUUUCCAAACGCUCGUCACAGCAAGUCCAAUUAAAACGGAGGUUACCAACAAGU